UUGCUGUCAAAAAUCUUUUUUCUUCACUCUUUUCUUUUGAAAAAAAUUUUAACCGAACGAAAGUCCGGAAAUUUUUUUUCGGAAAAGUUUUGCGAAUUGUAAAUCAAUUAAGUUUUGUUAAAACCCGAUCGAAAACGUGAGCAGGAAAAAUUUGGUCGAUAGAACCUGCAACUUACAAAGAAAACGAAAAAAAAUAUUUUUUUUGUUUUUUUCUUUAUUUGUAAAAAAGUCAAUAGAGGUGGUGGUGGACUGUCCUAACAACAACAAAAAUACGAAAAAACCAAUAAAAACUAAGCAAUCAAGAUAAAAGUUUUUAAUAAAAGAGGAAAUUACAACGAAUUUUCCGUAAAACGAGUGAGAUUUUUUCGAUAAAACAUAGAUUUUAUUAAAAACAAUUAAAAUGUCAGCUGUUCAAGUUGAAAUGGAACAAAAUAAUAAUGAGGGCCAACAAAAAGCAUGUGGAGCUGAGGGUGGUGUUGCCUGUAACAUCCCGGCAUCAACUGUGACGUCAAAUAGUACUUCAACUGCACCAGCUGCUGCCACAGCAACACCAAUUUCGGAAGCUAACAAAGAUACCAACGCUCAGGAUGAAAAAGUGAUUUUAGCCGAUAAAUAUAAAAUUCAGGGAAAUGAUUAUCUCAAAGCUAAAGAUUUCACUAAAGCAAUUGAAAUGUACACCAAAGCUAUAGAUUUAAUACCAACUAAUGCAAUUUUCUAUGCCAAUCGAUCAUUGGCUCAUUUAAGACAGGAGAGCUUUGGAUUUGCUUUACAGGAUGGUAUUGCUGCCGUUAAAGCAGAUCCAACCUAUCUUAAAGGCUACUAUCGCCGAGCAGCGGCUCAUAUGUCAUUGGGUAAAUUCAAACAGGCCCUUUCGGACUAUGAAUAUGUAUCAAAAUGCCGUCCCAAUGAUAAAGAUGCUAAAUUAAAGUAUACCGAAUGUAAUAAAAUCGUCAAGAUGAGGGCCUUUGAAAGGGCUAUUGCUGUGGAUAAACCGGAGAAAACUUUAUCAGAAAUGUUUAGAGAUUUAGAGAAUAUUGCCAUUGAAGAUGAUUAUAAGGGACCUGCGUUAGAAGAUGGCAAAGUUACUUUGAAAUUUAUGUUAGAACUUAUGGAACAUUAUAAACAACAAAAGAAAUUACAUCGCAAGUAUGCGUACAAAAUUUUGUGUGACAUUGAUACUUAUAUGCGCACUCAACCUUCAAUGGUGGAUAUAAGUGUGCCCGAUGAAUCUAAAUUUACCAUUUGUGGUGAUAUUCAUGGUCAGUUUUAUGAUCUUAUGAAUAUAUUCGAAAUCAAUGGUUUACCCUCCCCAACGAAUCCGUAUUUGUUUAAUGGUGAUUUUGUCGACAGAGGCUCAUUUUCGGUAGAAUGCAUAUUCACCCUAUUUGGUUUUAAACUACUAUAUCCCAAUCAUUUCUAUCUAUCUAGAGGUAAUCACGAAAGUAUAAACAUGAAUCAAAUGUAUGGUUUUACCGGGGAAGUUACUGCAAAAUACACAAGUACUAUGGCUGACAUGUUUACUCAAGUUUUCAACUGGUUGCCCUUGUGUCAUUGUAUUAAUAAGAAAAUCUUGGUUAUGCAUGGCGGACUUUUCUCUAGUGAUACCGUUACUUUGGAUGAUUUAAGACGCAUUGAACGUAACUGCCAACCGCCAGAAGAUGGUCUCAUGUGUGAGCUUCUAUGGUCGGAUCCACAACUCUGUUAUGGACGAGGUCCAUCGAAACGAGGUGUUGGCAUACAAUUCGGUCCCGAUGUUACUGAAACUUUCUGUAAACACAAUAACUUGGAUUAUAUUGUACGUUCACAUGAGGUUAAAGACAUGGGCUUUGAUGUAACUCAUGAAGGAAAAUGUAUAACGGUAUUUUCGGCACCCAACUAUUGUGAUACUAUGGGCAAUUUGGGAGCUUUUAUAACAAUCAAAGGCAAUGAUUUAAAACCUAAUUUUAAGUCAUUUGAAUCAGUGCCACAUCCUGAUGUUAAACCUAUGGCUUAUGCAAAUAGACUUAUGAGCUUAUUGACGUAGUCAUUUUGUUAAUAUUUCUUAUGGCUCUAAUGUUUUCAAAACAAUUUUUUUAAGCAAAAAAUAAACGCAAAAUUCUUUUUACAGAAAAAUAUACAUUUAAUUAACAACAAAAACACAACAGCAAGCAAAUAAACACAAGGAUGUAACAUCCUAUUCUACUUGUUAAACAAAGAGGUACAAGAAACGUAUAAUUACAAACCAGCAUCAUAUUUUGUAUACAAAGCAUGCUUUGUAUAAAUAAAAGGAGAACAAUGGAAACGCUAUACCACAAGAGAUAAUUUCACAUCCUGGUCUUUGUUAUAAAUUAGCAACUUCAAAAAUUUGAUUAUAAAAUGCAUAAUUUAACGAAAGAAAUUAUUUUUUCAAAAAUGCAAUUAUAUUUGUUUUAUCUUGUUUAUUAUUAUUAUUAUUUUUAAUUCAAAAAUCAUUUUAAUGCCAUUUUUGUAGAUUAUUUAAAAUUAUUUUUUAAAAUUGUUUUCCUCUAAUAAAACUGCUAUCUACACAUUUUUUUAAACAAAAAUAUUUUGAUCAUUUCUUAUUUGUAAAAUAUUUUUAUUUAGAGUUUCUUAAACUUUUUUCUUAUUUGUUUAUCUCUUCUGCCAUUCUAUCUAUCUCAUACUGUAGCUAUUGUGUUUCAUUUAAACAAUUACCAUUAGGUAUUAAAUGAACAAUAAACAAAUAUUCUAAUUUUAUCAUAUUAAACAAAAAGGAAAAAGACAUUUAUAAGAGAGAAAAAACAAAUAUUUUAGUAAGUAAAAUCCAAAAAGAACAAAAACUAAAAUAAAAUUUUAUUAUGUAAACGAAAUAAAAAAAAAAAUACCAGUAAACAUAGAGCAAUUACUAAAUGUAACAAAAAAAUUAAAAGAACGUAUGAAUGAAUCCACAAGUUUAAUAAAAGAGAUUUUUAAGAAAAUGUAA